AUCCUCGAACGUAUUUUGUUCAAGUUGUACCCAAACUGUAAUAUCAAGAAACUCCAGGAUCCUACAAAGGUGGCCAAUGCCAUCAAAACCCACAAGUUUGAUGUUGUCUUUUUGGAUAUCGAAAUGCCAGAAAUCACAGGCGUUGACAUCUCCAGGGAGAUGAGACAACAGCCGGUAUUCAACCUGGUUGGCAUCAUUGCUGUCACUACUAGAACGAUGGCACAUGAUCUACUUGUCUACGAAACUGUCGGCAUUGACUACACCUUUGCAAAGCCUUUGACAUACAACUACGAUUUUGUUAUGGACCGCAUCGAUGAAGUGAUCCGCAACAGAAUCCUGACUUAG